GAUUGUACAGAAAAUAAAACGGUAUUAUUUUAUUUAUCAAUCUAUGAGUUCGCUUUUGUGUGAAUAAAUAGUUCUGAACCGGUACUAAUACAGAAAUUAACAUAAAACUUUGUGAAGUAUUUGGUGCAGUAUUCACGAUUUAGAUCCGGAAACCUACUUACUGUGAAAUUGUGAUUAUAUUUUAAGUCUCCGUAAUUAAAUUGAACUAGUUGUAAAGGACAAAGCUAGCUACUAAUGGUCUUAAUUUAGGUCGUGUCAAAGUUGAAUUCGAGUAAAGGAUCGUUGUUAGUUUUGCUUUGUUUGCUUAAAAUUCGCGUGUGUUGCAGGUCGGGAAGAUAACGUGACAUUCGUGUGGCUGUGUUGUCAUGAGGCAGUGAACUCGAGUGAAUACGAACUUGACCAGUUACAAUGUUCAGGAGUAAAAUACGGAUACAUACAUGCCGGAUAAUAUUGCUCACUUCGUUGGCAUGGCUACUGGUUGACGUUGUGCUCCUGGCCAUGUACUCCGACUGUUUCGGUGAUGGUUGGGACUGCAGCAAAAAAGCAGCUAGCGACAAUGUAAUUCAGGUUAAUGAUAAGGAAGAGUUUAGAGGCAAAAAGGCAGCAAUAGCAGCUGCAUUGCAAGGAAAUCAGGUUGAUGAUGAUAACAGAAACUUAGAAGCUAAUGAGGCUGAACAAGAGAUUGGAGAAGAUGGUAUCAUACUGUCUCCAUAUCCAAAAUCAAGGCUUAAGAGGUGGGAAAAAGCACCAUUUGUCAAACCAGAAGCAGAUGGACUACCUGGAGAAAUGGGUAAGGCAGUGAAUAUUCCUAUAGAACAAGAGAAGCUGAUGUUGGACAAAUUCCAAGAGAACCAGUUCAAUCUGUUAGCCAGUGACAUGAUCUCAGUCAACAGGUCUUUGACUGACGUCAGGUUUGAGAAGUGUAGAGAUAAAUCUUACCCUACCCUACUGCCUACGACGAGCGUGGUCAUAGUGUUCCACAAUGAAGCUUGGACGACACUCAUUCGUACGAUAUGGAGUACAAUCAACAGAUCCCCGCGGCCACUUCUCAAGGAGAUCAUACUCGUUGAUGACGCCAGUGAAAAGGAACACUUAGGAAAGAAACUGGAGGACUACAUCAAGACGUUGCCGGUGCCGACACAUUUGUUCCGCACAGAGAACAGGUCGGGUCUCAUCCGAGCACGUCUACUGGGCGCCAAACAUGUCAAGGGUGACGUCAUCACCUUCCUCGACGCCCAUUGCGAAUGUACAGAGGGCUGGCUGGAACCGCUGUUGGCGCGUAUCGUGGAGGACAGGACGACAGUGGUAUGCCCCAUCAUCGACGUUAUAUCUGACACCACCUUCGAGUACAUACAGGCUUCCGACAUGACGUGGGGAGGAUUCAACUGGAAACUUAACUUUAGAUGGUAUCGAGUGCCAGAACGUGAGAUGGCGCGGCGAGGGGGUGAUCGCACGGCACCGCUGCGUACCCCCACAAUGGCGGGGGGACUGUUCGCCAUCGACAAGGACUACUUCUACCAGAUCGGUUCCUACGACCAGGGAAUGGACAUUUGGGGAGGAGAAAACCUCGAAAUGAGCUUCAGGGUAUGGCAGUGCGGCGGGCGGCUGGAGAUCGUGCCGUGUUCGCACGUGGGCCACGUGUUCCGCGACAAGUCUCCGUACUCGUUCCCCGGCGGCGUGCAGAAUGUCGUCCUCCACAACGCGGCCCGCGUCGCCGAAGUCUGGAUGGACGAGUGGGGAGAAUUCUAUUACGCCAUGAACCCAGGCGCACUGAACGUGCCCGUCGGUGACGUCAGCGAGCGCAAGGCGCUGCGCGAGCGCCUCAAGUGCAAGAGCUUCAGGUGGUACCUCGAAAACAUAUACCCGGAGAGUCAGAUGCCCCUCGACUACUACUAUCUUGGAGAAAUCCGAAACUCGGAGACUUCGAACUGUUUGGACACACUUGGCGGCAAAGCGGGGCAACCGCUCGGCAUGGGAUACUGUCACGGAAUGGGCGGGAAUCAGGUGUUCGCGUACACGAAGCGUAAGCAGAUAAUGUCGGACGACAACUGCCUGGACGCGGCGCACCCGCGCGGCCCCAUCAAGCUCAUCCGGUGCCACGGGAUGCGAGGCAACCAGGAGUGGACGUAUGAUACGAAGACACGAACAAUAAAGCACACGAACACAGGCAUGUGCUUGGACAAGCCAGAAGCGGGCGAUGUUUGGAAGCCAGUACUGCGGCCGUGCAACCGCUCGAGGGGGCAACAGUGGCUCAUGCAGGUCGACUUCAAGUGGCAGGCCAGGCACCAGACCAGCUAGUGAUCGUAUAUCAUCAGGAAUGACAACGAUUGACCAUACCAGUCUUCCCUCUCGUUAGAU